GUUCGGUUGUGGUCGGUUUCCACGUCAGGGAAAGAGCGGAGCCGGUGUCUGUGGCUCCGAGGCCGUCUUUCUUCGGCUACAGGGGGGCCUCUGGCUGACCUGCCGCCCGAAAUGCCGAGACGCCUGUCGACGCCCGCGAAAGCCGGCCCCGUGGUGAACGACGCCGGAUGGAUGGAAGGGACUACCAGGAUUGUAGAUAAGAAUAUUUACACUGUACAAGGUGAAAUCAAUACAGUAAUAGGAGCCAUAAAACGCAGUGCAAGAUGGAGUACUCAUGUACGUUUGGAUGAAGAACGUGAUCCCCUAUUGCACAGCUUCAGUGUUUUGAAAGAAGUUUUGAACAAUGUAACUGAACUUUCAGUCAUUGAACCGAUUGUUUUUCUUCGACCUUUUCUGGAAGUUAUUCGAUCAGAAGAUACUACAGGCCCAAUUACUGGACUGGCUCUGACAUCAGUAAACAAAUUCAUUUCAUAUGGACUAAUAGAUUCAAAUCACGAGGGCACAGCUGAGGGAAUGGAAAACUUGGCAGAUGCUGUAACACAUGCCCGAUUUGUGGGCACAGAUCCUGGAAGUGAUGAGGUUGUCUUGAUGAAGAUUUUGCAGGUCUUGAGGACUCUCCUCCUUGCUCCAGUUGGAGCUCAUCUCACGAAUGAAUCUGUGUGUGAAAUCAUGCAGUCUUGCUUCCGUAUAUGCUUUGAGAUGAGGCUUAGUGAGUUAUUGAGAAAAUCUGCAGAGCACACUCUGGUCGACAUGGUACAGCUGCUCUUCACAAGAUCAUCUCAGUUUAAAGAGGAGCCUAAGAGCUAUGUAGGGACCAACAUAAGAAAGUUGAAAAUGAGAGCAGGAGGGAUGAGUGAUUCAUCAAAAUGGAAGAAGCAGAAACGAUCACUAAGAAACUCUUGCCAUGUAACCAAGGCAUCUCAAGGAAUAGAACAGUCAGCUGCUAAUGGCACAGGUGAGGUCAAUGUCACUGAUGUAUCUUCUCCAAUUUCAUCUGGAAAUUCAGAAAAUAUAUCUUCUAUAGUUAGUCCUGUCACUGACAGUGGUUUAGAAUUAUCUUCCCAAAUUUGCUCAAAGGAUGAUCUUACAGAUUUACAACUUGUCAAAUCUUUGGGAAUCAAUUCAACAAUGCCCUUAAAUGAUUUUAGAGCCAGAGAGCAGUUAGAACUACAGAAUGAAUGUCCUCAGAGGGAAAAGACUCCAUCUGCCUCAGUAGAAUCCAUCCCAGAUGUUCUUGAAGAGUGCACUUCUGUAACUGAACACUCAGAUUCUGUUUCAAUUCAUGACAUGGACUAUGUUAAUCCUCGAGGUGUACGAUUUACUCAGUGUUCUCAAAAAGAGGGAACAACAUUAGUCCCUUAUGGAUUACCAUGUAUUCGUGAACUACUGCGUUUCCUCAUCUCCCUCACUAAUCCACAUGACCGACACAAUUCUGAGGUGAUGAUCCACAUGGGUCUACAGCUACUCACAGUUGCUCUUGAAUUGACUUGCGUAUCAAACUGCCCAUCUCUCUUAGGACUUAUAAAAGAAGAAUUAUGUCGGUAUCUCUUUCAAUUAUUGAACAUGGAGCGGCUCAAUUUAUAUUCAGCUUCCCUUAGGGUAUGCUUCCUUUUAUUUGAGAAAAUGAGAGAGCACCUGAAGUUCCAACUGGAGAUGUAUAUCAAGAAACUGAUGGAGAUCAUCACAAUGGAAAGCCCCAAGAUGAUUUAUGAAAUGAAGGAGAUGGCCCUGGAGGCUAUCGUUCAGCUAUGGAGGAUUCCUAGCUUUGUAACUGAACUCUACAUUAACUAUGACUGUGACUACUACUGUGCUAAUCUUUUUGAAGACCUCAGCAAACUGCUAUCCAAGAAUGCUUUUCCUGUUUCUGGACAACUGUACACUACUCAUUUGCUGUCACUUGAAGCACUGUUGACAGUGACUGAUCAAAUUGAAGCACGGUGCCAAGCCAAAGUACUCAGAGGCAUAUAUCAGCAAGAGAAAGAAAUACUAAAACCAAAUACAGAAAUUGCCAAUAUCAUUAGAGAAGCAAUUACUGAAGAAUUGCAAACAAAACUUAAAUCAUCCACUGCAGAAUUACCGGAGACACGUUCAUCGAGUAAGGACUGCUUGGUGACCUCCCACUUGAAACAGCAAGACUGUCUGAAUUCAGAUAUGGAAAAUGAUACAGAAAAGGUCAUCCCAAGAAAGCCUACUCGAUUUUCCUGCUUCUUACCAAAAACACAAGAACUGAUAAUGAUUAAGAAUAAAAAAAAGCUCUUGAUAAGUGGUUCAGAGCACUUCAAUCAAAAACCAAAAAAAGGAAUACAGCUUCUUCAGGAGAAAAAUCUAUUGGCUACCCCAAUGGAUAACGAUCAAGUGGCCAAGUGGCUGAGAGAAAAUCCUAAACUGGACAAGAAAAUGAUUGGAGAAUUUGUGAGUGAUCGGAAAAAUGUGGAUUUGCUGGAUAGUUUUGUCAGGACUUUCCAUUUCCAAGGUUUACGACUAGAUGAAGCUUUAAGACUCUACCUAGAAGCCUUUCGUUUGCCAGGGGAAGCUCCUGUGAUUCACAGGCUAUUGGAAACCUUUACAGAAUAUUGGCAUAAAUCAAAUGGGACUCCAUUUGCUAAUAGUGAUGCCUGUUUUGCUUUAGCCUAUGCAGUUAUCAUGCUGAACACUGAUCAGCACAAUCAUAAUGUUCGCAAGCAGAAUGUACCAAUGACGUUAGAGGAAUUCCGAAAAAAUCUGAAAGGAGUAAAUGGUGGCAAAGAUUUUGACCAAGAGAUGUUAGAAGAUAUAUAUUAUGCUAUCAAAAAUGAAGAAGUGGUGAUGCCUGAUGAGCAGACAGGUUUAGUAAAAGAAAACUAUGUAUGGAAUGUGUUGUUGCACCGUGGAGCCACUGAAGAAGGAGUCUUUCUGCAUGUUCCACCUGGCAGCUAUGAUCAUGACCUCUUUGCCAUGACCUGGGGACCUAUUGUUGCAGCUCUUUCCUAUGUUUUCGACAAGAGCUUAGAUGAAACAGUCAUCCAGAAGACUAUUUCUGGUUUCAGAAAAUGUGCCAUGAUCUCUGCUCAUUACGGCCUCAGUGAUGUUUUUGACAACCUUAUAAUUUCUCUCUGUAAAUUCACAGCCCUCAGCAGUGAGUCAAUUGAGAAUUUGCCAACAGUUUUUGGAAGCAAUCCAAAAGCCCACAUUGCAGCAAAGACUGUGUUCCAUUUGGCUCAUCGACAUGGUGAUAUUUUACGAGAGGGCUGGAAAAACAUAAUGGAGGCAAUGUUGCAACUUUUCAGAGCAGAAUUAUUGCCAAAAACCAUGGUGGAGGUUGAAGAUUUUGUAGAUCCCAAUGGCAAGAUCUCUCUUCAGAGAGAGGAAACACCUUCUAAUCGUGGUGAGUCUACAGUGCUCAUUUUUGUUAACUGGCUGACACUCAGUGGCACAGAACAAUCUGGUAUGAGAGGACCAUCCACAGAGAAUCAGGAAGCAAAGAGAAUGGCCCUGGAAUGUAUAAAGGUAUGUGAUCCAGAGAAGUUAAUCACUGAGAGCAAGUUUCUGCAACUUGAGUCCCUGCAGGAAUUAAUGAAGGCUCUCAUAUCUGUGUCUCCUGAUGAGGAAACCUAUGAUGAAGAAGACUGUGCUUUUUGUUUGGAGAUGCUUUUGAGGAUUGUGCUGGAAAAUAGGGAUCGUGUGACUUUCGUUUGGCAGGCAAUGCGAGAUCAUCUUUACCAUUUAUGUAUUAAUGCUAUGGAAUACUGUUGUCUAGUGGAAAGAGCAGUAGUGGGUCUAUUGAGACUGGCAAUCCGACUUCUGCGCAGAGAAGAAAUAAGUGCCCAGGUGUUGCUCUCAUUGCGAAUCUUGCUCAUGAUGAAACCCAGCAUGUUAAACAGGGCAAGUCAUCAGAUUGCAUAUGGCCUUCAUGAGCUUCUCAAGACUAAUGCUGCCAAUAUUCACUCUGGAGAAGACUGGUACACACUCUUUACUCUCUUGGAAUGCAUUGGUUCUGGGGUGAAACCACCCCUAGCGCUGCAACCUACAAGAAUAGAGAAUGAUACAGGAGCUCAAUCAGACAGUGAGAUCUAUCAUCCAAAUGAAACCAGCCUAGAUCGUGGCUAUACUUCUGAUUCAGAGGUAUAUGCAGAUCACAGCAAGCAAGGUAAAUUGCAUCGUUCUGUCACUGAUGUAGAUGUGGUGAACAGUGGCUGGCUUGUGGUUGGGAAAGAUGACAUAGAUAAUUCAACCAUGGCUGGACUUUCCAGACUGGGAAAUUCUCCCUUGGUGAAUCAGUAUAGUCUGACUGUGGGAAUGGACCUGGGUCCUCAUAAUACCAAAUCUCUCAUGAAGUGUGUUGAGUCCUUAUCUUUUAUUGUGCGAGAUGCAGCUCAUGUAACCCCUGAGAACUUUGAGUUGUGCAUCAAAACAAUCCGCAUCUUUGUGGAAGCCAGCCUAAACGGAGGGUGUAAAUCCCAGGAGAAAAGAGGAAAAAAUCAUAAAUAUGACUCCAAAUCAGCACGGUUUAAGAAGAAAGCAAAGGAAAACUCUCUGAGACACUUUAAAACCUCCAGCCAACAUCAGCACCGUUCCACUAGUGAAGAUGAGGAUGAGGAUGAGAGUGUCCCUGCCAGUUAUCACACUGUAUCUUUACAGGUUAGUCAAGACCUGUUGGAUCUAAUGCAUACCCUUCAUACGCGAGCUGCUACCAUCUACAGUUCUUGGGCAGAAGAGCAACAGCAUCUGGAAACUUCAGAGAAGAAAAUAGAAGCAAAUUCUCGAGCAUUAUGGAUCAAUUGUUGGUGCCCAUUGUUGCAAGGGAUUGCUUGUUUGUGUUGUGAUGCAAGACGACAAGUACGGAUGCAGGCACUGACCUACCUGCAGCGGGCUCUUCUUGUGCAUGAUUUACAAGCUCUUGAUGCUUUGGAAUGGGAAUCCUGUUUCAAUAAGGUUCUGUUUCCUUUGCUGACCAAACUUCUGGAAAAUAUUAGCCCGGCAGAUAUUGGAGGGAUGGAAGAGACCAGAAUGAGAGCUUCAACUUUACUCUCCAAGGUCUUCUUGCAACAUUUGUCCCCACUCCUCUCUCUCCCAACAUUUGCUGCUUUAUGGCUGACAAUAUUGGAUUUCAUGGAUAAAUACAUGCAUGCUGGCUCCAGUGACUUGUUGCCAGAGGCCAUCCCUGAAUCACUGAAGAAUAUGCUACUAGUAAUGGACACAGCUGGGAUAUUCCAUAAUGCUGAUUCACGAACAGGCUACUCAGAUCUAUGGGAAAUCACCUGGGAGCGCAUAGACUGCUUUUUGCCAAAACUACGAGAUGAGCUCUUCAAACAGACAGUCAUCCAAGACCCAGUUUCUACCUUACCAGUAGAAGUACAUCUUCCUAAAGCAUCGAUAUCUGCUCAGACACAUUCCUCUGGAGAGGAUUCCAGACCAUCUACUCAUUCAGCAUCAUCUGAGAAGUCUCCAGAACUAGCAGCCAGUGAUUCUGAGAAUGCCUGCAUUUCCAGUCACUUUGGAUCACAUUUUGCCUCUCCAGCAACACCUGGGAAGAUGAACCUGGCUACAGAUAUUCCUCCAGCAGUGGCACAGCAGCCUCUUAUUCUUCAACCACUAGCCUCCCCUUUACAAGUGGGAGUGCCACGUUUGUCUCUGCCUAUAAUUCUGAACCCAGCUCUCAUAGAGGCAACCUCCCCCGUUCCCCUUUUGGCUACCCAGCAGUCUACUGACUCCACAAUUUCUGAAAUAAAUUAAAGAAAAAGGAAAUGACUAAAGGAAUGAUGGAUUCUGAUCAUGCUAUGUCCAACUGAAGUUAUGCUUGCCCUAAGCAAAAGAGUAGCAUCCCAAAGUAAACAUUCUAAGGUGACAAUCUUCCAGCUUCUCCAUGCUUUAAAGUUUUCAGUAAAGGCCUGCUUUGAUUUCUUUCAGAAUGGAGCAAGAAGGCCAGAUACUGUUAGAAUCAAGCCAAGAAAUAACCAGCUUCUGUAUAAGUACAGUACUUUGCUUCACUGUCAGCAUUCCUUGCACAGAUUUACUUUAGGACCAUUCUUUCACUCUUGAAUCUUCAGGGAUUUAGGCUUGUACUUUUGCCAGAGUAAACUGAACUUUCUGAGAGGAUUAGAAGGGUCACUGAACAACAUUUUAACUGGAAAAUCUGCAUCUAAAAUAAAAGAAAGAAAAUAAUAAUCUCAGAUUGCCGUGUAAACUUCAUUAGGUGAGCAUUGGUAUGGUGCUUCUAUUUUUAUUUUAAAAUUGCUCUGUGUCUUGCAGGCAUUCCAAUCUAGUGCUUGCUACUUCCUAUCAAAAGUACUGAGGUGAAGUGAAGACCUGCAAUAGGCAAAAAAUAGCCUCUACUGUACCUCCUUCAGGAAUGGACUGCAAAAUGUUUCUUUCAAUCUUUUUUGCAGUCUUUCACUUAGGAAAGGCCAUUUCUCUCCUGCCCAAACGUAAAAUGUGUUUCAACUAGGGCUCCCACCAGGCUAAAAUUCUCUAUGUUCACUGCAGAAUCCCACUGGCCAAUGUCUACUGUAUGGAACGAUAGGUGAUUGUGUGUGAGUAUGCAUGUGGAUUUGGGUGUCUGUAUGGGUGAGUAUGUAUAUGUGUGGGUGAAUGUGUGUGUGUAUAGGAGUUAAUUGACUUUUUAGGAUAAAAUAAAAAUUGCCUGUAAAUGAAAUGUGGCUUAGAUGUUUAUUUCCUUACAUGUCAAAUAUGUUGCCUUUUUAUUCUAUAUUGUUUUGGAAAAAUUAGAGAGUGUCACUAUUGACCAAUUAUGUAGAAUCACCCUUUUUGAAACAAGGUAGGUGUGUGUGUGUGUAUGUGUGUGUUUGAAUCAUUGUUGACUCCUGGCAACUUCCUGGGCUAGUCCUGCAAUUUUCUUGGGAAGAUUUUGAAAGUGGUUUGCUCUUGCCUGUUUCAGGGGACGUGACUGGCCCAAGGUCACCCAGCCAGCUUUCUGCCUAGGGAAGGAUUGGAACGUCUCCCAGUUUCUAAUGUGGUGCCUUAGUCAUGACACUAAACUGGAUCUCUAGAUGGACAUAGUCCUAUUGUCACACAUGCUCCUUGGUCAUAGUUAAGUUGAAGAAAAAAUACAGACUUUGUUUGUAUUUUUAAUUGUGUAAUUGCAUCUUACAAAGUUCAGUGGGUUGAAAUAGGUCUAUAUUUCAUGUCUGUGUUUUUUUGUCAUUCCUGAGUAGACUAAGAAUGAAAUCUGCCUCUUUAUCCCGCAGAAGCAAAGAUAUAUAAAGGCAAUGUCUAUUGCAGUGGAACUGAGCGCCCUUCCGUCCUGCUUAUGUAUGUCCUGCUCUUUCUUUCUGCAGUGUAAUCAAAUUCUAUAGGUCCAACAUGUGCCCCACAUGCAUUCUUAAACAAUAAUAAAAGAGAGGGCUAUAUCUUUACAUGGAAAUACAUCCAAAGAAAAGGCAAACAAAAGAAUAACACUGUGCACUAAGAGAUAUAAUAUACUAUGGAUAUAAAACGUCCCGUUAAAAUCUGUUUAAAUGCCACAUUUUAAAAAUGUAAAUAAAUCAGACCACGCUAAAUAACUUCUGCCUUCAAUAUAAGCUGUACAAUUUGAUUAAAAACAAACUGAAAUCUUUUAGGGGAGAAAAAUAAUCAAUCCCAUAUAUAAAGUUCAUCUCUUCUAGUAGGAUUUUUCUGACAUUUACUCAGUUGCCUGUUACAGCAAAACCCAUGGUCAGUCAGGAGAGGGAUACAAAACCAUUUCCAAGGGAUUGGAUAUACUAUGGAAUAGAACACAGUAAAGACAGUUAUCAAC